CAGCGAGAUGGCGCUUGGCUCUCACCUGCUCUCGGGGUUUAAGGUCAGUCUAUUCUGAGGAGCGGGUGGAGUUUGGGUUAAUCCGCUGCUUUCUACAUUCCCUCUUAAUUGGGUCGAGGGCUGAAGGUGUUGCUCCUAUUGUUUCUGUUGUGACAUCAUCAUCAUCAUCGGACCUGGAAUCGAUGGCGGCCUGUUGAAUUACAUGGAGCCCUUUAAUCAGUGUCAAUGUGGGUUACAACUACAGCAUGAGAUUUAUAAAGCUGCAGACGUCCCACACAGGUUGAAAAGUUCAUGUGCACCUCUGAAGAUGAUCCACAGAUUCUGAAUGAGCAGCGCUUCAGAUGUUGGACUGAAGACAGGAUGUGAAGCUCUCUGCUGAAGUGGAACCGUUUAUCCCUCAGAAGAAAGGUGUUGAUGCUUCAUUAUUACCCAUGAGUCUGUGCGGUGAGGGCGGAGCUGAGCCCACACAAAUCCCCUCCUACCUGAUCACCUGCUACCCCUUCGUACAGGAGAAUCAGAGCAACAGUCGGCAGCUGCCCAUGUACAGCGGAGAUCAGCGCUGGCAGCAGCUCAACCCGAGCCCCGGCGGGCCGUACCUGGCGUACCCCAUCCUGUCGUCCCCUCAGCCGCCCGUCACCAGCGAUUACGCCGCGUACUAUCACGCCAUCAUGCCCACGCCCUGCCCUCCUGUCAUGGGCUUCUACCAGCCCUUCCCGGCGCCGUACACGGGGCCCCUGCAGGCCGGAGUGCUGAACCCCGUAUCCGACUGCAGCGAGAGGCCGCCGCAGGGCCAGACGCAGAGAGGAAGAGGCGUCUCACGAACCCCCAUACUGCACAAGCAGCCGAUGGUUCAGCCAAUGAGAGCCAAGCGUCCUGUGAUGCGGAGCGUGGCGGUACAGAAGGAGGUGUGUGCGGCCGGGCCUGAUGGGAGGUCUAAGACGGUGCUGCUGGUGGAUGCAGCACAGCAGACAGAUUUCCCCGGCGAGGCGUCCGGAGGGGCGGUCAGAUGUGCGUCGGAUCAGGCGAGUCCUCAGCUGUGGAAGAAUAAAGCUCGACGCAGGCGCACGUCGCAGCAGGAGUCGUCCAGCGAGCAGGGAGCCAGCGAGGCUGACAUCGACAGCGACAGCGGCUACUGCAGCCCCAAACACAACCAGGGAGCUGCCAACACCUCCACCAAUCAACACACGCCCGUGGCGGCUGUGGACGCUGGCGUCAUGACAGCGGUCAGCUGGGGGAAUGUUUCCUCACAGAAGCCGUGGACGGACAGGAACACACCGUUCCACAGAGGCAGCAGAACACCUGAGCAGAGGAGCUACACACAGGACUUCCAGAUGAAUUUUGGAGGUCGUUCAGGAGGACAGAGGAGAUCGACCCCUCCAGAGACCCCCAACACACACCUCACACCCGAGCCACUGUACUUUCAGGAUGAGGAUGAGUUUCCUGAUCUUGCCACAGGCGGCGCUGCUCAGCGGAAUAAACCGGAUCCAGUUCAACCCAAACUGCCCAAGAACCUGCUGGAUAACCUCCCGGAGAAUUCCCCCAUAAGCAUCGUGCAGACGCCCAUCCCGAUCACCAGCUCCGUGCCCAAGAGAGCCAAGAGUCAGAGGAAGAAAGCGCUGGCCGCCGCUCUGGCCACAGCGCAGGAGUACUCCGAGAUCAGCAUGGAGCAGAAGAAACUACAGGAGGCUCUGACUAAAGCAGCAGGUAAGAAGAGCAGGACGCCGGUGCAGCUGGAUCUGGGCGACAUGUUGGCGGCGCUGGAGAAGCAACAACAGGCCAUGAGAGCACGACAACUCAACAACACCAAACCACUGUCAUACACAGUCGGGACAGUGGGCGCUCUGCACAGUAAAGAUGGCGGCAGUCGAGUGACGGGACUCAAAAACACGUACACCCCCCCACACAACAUCCUGGACUCCAGCGCGCCGCGCAUCAAGAGAGGCAAAGAGAGAGAGAUUCCCAAAGUCAAGAAGACCACUGCCAUGAAGAAGAUUAUUCUGCAGGAGCGUGAGGUGAAGAAGGGCAAGAGUCCCGCUGAUCUCGGCGUGUCUGAAACCGACGAGCAGAGAGACGCUCUGAGCUUCACCGACCCGCUCACACAGGAGCAGGACGAAAACGGUCUGAGCAUGCCCAGUGAUGCGUCCCUGUCUCCAGCGAGUCAGAACUCUCCGUACAGCAUCACGCCCGUGUCACAGGGUUCACCCGCCAGCUCGGGCAUCGGGAGCCCCAUGGCGGCGUCUGCCAUCACCAAGAUCCACAGCCGCAGGUUCAGAGAGUACUGUAAUCAGGUGUUGAGUAAGGACAUCGACGAGAGCGUGACGCUGCUCCUGCAGGAGUUGGUUCGCUUUCAGGAGCGCAUUUAUCAGAAAGAGCCCAGCAAAGCCAAAGCCAAGCGGCGACUGGUCAUGGGACUGCGAGAGGUCACCAAACACAUGAAACUGCACAAGAUCAAAUGUGUCAUCAUCUCGCCCAACUGUGAGAAGAUCCAGGCCAAAGGUGGUCUGGACGAGGCACUUUAUAAUGUCAUCGCCAUGGCGAGGGAGCAGGAGAUCCCGUUCGUCUUCGCUCUGGGCCGUAAGGCUCUGGGCCGCUGCGUGAAUAAACUCGUGCCUGUGAGCGUCGUGGGAAUAUUUAACUACUCUGGAGCAGAGUGUGUGUGUGUUCAGGGUCUGUUCAAUAAGCUGGUGUCUCUGACGGAGGAGGCGCGGAGGGCGUAUAAGGACAUGGUCAGCGCUCUGGAGCAGGAGCAGGCCGAGGAGGCGCUGAAGAACGUCAAGAAGGUCACGCACCACAUGGGACACUCCAGAAACCCGUCUGCCGCCAGCGCCAUCUCCUUCUGCAGCGUCAUCUCUGAGCCCAUCUCAGAGGUCAACGAGAAGGAAUACGAAACCAACUGGAGGACGAUGGUGGAGAAUGCAGACGCCCCAGAGUCUGAGCCCAUCAGCAGAGGCAACAACAAAGGGCAGCGUGAGGUCACGUCACCGCCUCCGCAGCCGACGCCCAGCCCGAGCCCCGCAGCUGCCCGAGCGCCGGAGAGGGACGAGUCUCGCACGGACGACCGGCUGGAGUGGGCGUCGCAGCAGAGCACCGAGACCGGCUCCCUGGACGGCAGCUGCCGCGACCGCCUCAACUCCUCCAUCACCAGCACCACCAGCACGCUGGUGCCCGGCAUGCUGGAGGAGGAGGACGAGGAGGAGGAAGAGGAGGAGGACUACGCGCCCGAGCCCAUCGUGCCGCUCAGCAGCCGCAUUGAGUCGUGGGUCUCCAAGACGCUGGAGAACCUGCAGCUGCGGCGUCAGAGCAGCACGGAGGACGAGGAAGACGAGGAGGUGCGGAUAAGCGACGAGGAAGAGCUCGACUCCUCUGACCUCGCCGAACCGGCGGCCGACGAUAAAGAUGCGCCUGAGCCAGAUGCACGCACGGGCUGACGGCCAUUUCACACUCACAAACACUGACUCAGGAAACUAUAACGGACAGACCACCCGCCCACACUCUCUCUGUGAACGAUUCACCGACCGUUUAAACGCCGUCAUCCUCGGCUCACCCUCAAACCCGCACGACUUUUCAUCUUCAGAUGAUGCUCUUCAUCAUUAUGAACAAUGACUGAUGCUGUUGAGCAUCAUAACAGUCGUCCAUAUGACUCUGUACAUCUCAAAAUUUCUUAAAGGAAUAGUUCAUUCUGUCAUCGUUUCUGAACGUUUCAGAUGUCAUUUGAGUAAUUUCUCAAAAGAAAGUUAAACGAUGACAGAAUGACCAUUUUUGGCUGAACGAUUCAUAUGAACCACUGUCAUGAUGCUCCCACUGAAGAAAUAAAGUCAUGCUUCAUUAAUUAGGGCGAGUAAAUGAUUGAAGGUUUGGGUGAAUUCUCUCUUAAAAUUAAUGAAUGAAAUGAACGUUUGUUCUAAGCGUGCGUUAAGUCUAACCAAAGCAUUAACGAACGCUGCAGAAGAGAAACUCGAUGCAUAACUAAUGAUGUGGACAAAUGAACGAAUCCUGGUGUAAAUAACAUGUUUAAAUGUUUCUAAUAUUCUGUCGUCUUCGGUUCUAUUUAUCGCGCUUGAAUUGAAACAGAUGGGGGGUGUUUUAUUUCACGUGUUAAAUGAUUUCUCCUCACAGCAAAAUCCCCAGAGUUCAAUCAACUCUGCUCAGAGUACAUAUGGUCCCUCUGUAAAUAGUGUAGAUAAUUUAAGCAAUUAAUGAAGUGAUGAUUGUACAUUAUUGAUGAACACCUGCUGUUAACAAGCAGAAUCACUGAAGAAAUCACAGCCUUAUUAAUUGCUUAAUUAUCUCAUUAACUUUAACUCUGCUUCAGUGUUAUUUUAACACUAUUUAGAGAGGAACCAUAUGCACUCCAAGCAGAGUUGAUUUAACUCUGGGGAUUUUGCUGUGCUGGUACUGAUGGGAUCGUUUCCUGCGAUCGUGUCGGUAAAUUGCUGUACCGUAUUCUGGUGCUUCAGAUGGGCAGAAGCUCCUCUCCGUGUGUGUGUGUGUCUUUCUAACCAUGUUUACUUCUCCUCCAUCUUUAGUCUUAGCCACGUUCAACUCCACAUGAAGGAUUUCUGACGUUAUAAUGAUGUACAUUAACGAUUUCUUGGUAAAUGUGUCAGCGGGUGUAUUCGUGACUAACGUGAGGGCGAACGGAGAGUCCGAUCCGUCAUGAUGUAACCGUGUAAAUGUUCUGGAUCAUUACGAUUGAUCUCGGUGCAAUAAGCUUCCUGUAGCAGCGUUCGGAUCCGUGUCUCUCUCUCUCUCUCUACUUCUCUCUCUGUGUUUGGAGUGAUUCUCAUCGGCGUGUCUUUUGCACUAUGUACAUAAACGUGAACAUGCUUUGGUAACUAAUGUGAAACUCACGCAUCUCUGCCGUUCUGAUGGUGAAGUCACAGCAUCUGUACAUGCAGUAACUGUUCUCUGACUGAUCGUUAAUACAAUUAAAAUGUUUUCAGUAAACUA